AGAGCGAGGAACGCGGAGGAGCAGCAUCCUGCAACAGAGCAGCAAAUCCGGCGCCUUCAGAUAGCCCACGAAGAACCUGCACAACGAUGUGUCUUUGCGAUACACCAGGCAGUGUAAUGCUGUUGGGAGUUUUCUGCCUCAUAGUCAAUGUGCUUGCAUUGAUUGGGCUCUUCUUCGGGAUGGAGCUAUUGGAGGCCCUAAAUCCACACCUCGCUACCAAAGAAGAAAGCACACUUGACUGGGCCUACAGGGUAGCUUCUAUUUCAUACAGGGCAGGAAGUUGUCUUCUUUCGAUCGGCCUGAUAUGGGGAGCGCAUUCUGUAAACCGUGGCCUCCUUAAAAAAGUUGUGAUUGGGACCAAAAUACGGAUCGUCGUUUUGAUCUUUUACGCAGCGUUCAAAAUUUACUUUCUAUCAACAGUAGAUGAUCCCCAAGACCCGCUAGGAAUAGGCAAGGCUAAGUUAAUUGAGCACCGGUCGAUGGGAGACGACUCCUGGGACAUGGGCAAGUAUGCGAACCUGGACCCAAAAACUAUGGUGCUACAAAGCAUCAACUUCCUACCGGGCCCUCAUGUAUUGUCGUUGGCUCAGAAAAAUCCGGACAACAAGCGCAGAUAUAAAAAGCACGACAAGAAGGACAAGGAAGAUGAAGAGAAAAAACACAGCCAGAAGAUCCUAUUCCUGGCAUAUGCUGUAGUGGAAGAGAUUGCGUUUUUUUUCCUUGAGCUGUUCAUCGUCUACAGAUUGGACGUAUUCGUCAAGAGCUUACCACAGUAACCGGACAAAGGCUUUCCCAGGGCGAGCCUCGCACACAGCGCGGGAGCAUCUCCUACUCGCCCGCGAAAGCCUGGAUUUCGCAUCUCAAUAAAAAAUUGAAGGGCCAACAA